UGACUAUUCUCCAAAAACUAGCCGUUAGACUCAUUUUCCCAACUCAUAAAAAACCUUCACUUCCUUUCAAUUUUCAAAUCUAUUUCAACUCAAUCCCUAGAUUCCUCACAAAUCAUCCGUAUCAGUUUUAUCAAUUCGUGUCUCUUUUUCUCCACUUUCCUUUUUUUCUUCUCUAACAUCUCAAAGAAUCAAAAGGGGAUUACCCUUUAAACCCAAUUCGUCGAAAAUGAAUGAUCUAAUGACAAAAUCAUUCACCAACUACGUUGAUCUAAAAAAAGCAGCUAUGAAAGAUGAAGUUGAUUUAGAAGCUGGUCUUCAAAAACAAGGUGUUAAUGAUGUUGAGUUAACAAGAUCUUCAAUAACUCAUUUGGAAACCGACAUGAAUCUGUUCUUAGAAGAGGCUGAGAAAGUAAGAACAGAAAUGGGUGAAAUUCGUGAUGUUCUAACAAAUCUUCAACAAGCAAACGAAGAGAGCAAGUCCCUUCACAAAACUGAUGCUUUGAAGUCAUUGAGAGAAAGAAUCAAUACUGAUAUUGUAACUGUUUUGAAGAAAGCAAGGUGCAUUAGAACUCAAUUAGAAGAAAUGGAUCGUGCCAAUGAUGCUAAUAGAAGACUCUCUGGACUUAAAGAUGGUUCACCAGCCAUUUAUCGAACAAGAAUCGCUGUCACCAAUGGAUUGCGUAAGAAGCUCAAGGAGCUUAUGAUGGAGUUUCAGGGGCUGAGGCAGAGAAUGAUGAGUGAAUACAAAGAGACAGUAGGGAGAAGGUACUAUACAGUGACAGGGGAACAUGCAGACGAAGAGGUGAUCGACAAGAUAAUAUCAAAUGGAGAUGACGAAAGUUUUUUAGGAAAGGCAAUACAAGAACAUGGAAGAGGAAAGGUUCUUGAAACAGUGGUUGAGAUACAGGACAGAUACGAUGCUGCAAAAGAGAUUGAGAAGAGUUUGUUAGAACUUCAUCAAGUUUUCUUGGAUAUGGCUGUUAUGGUUGAAGCACAAGGUGAGAAAAUGGAUGAUAUUGAACAUCAUGUUCUUCAUUCUUGUCAUUAUGUGAAAGAUGGUACAAAGAAUCUUCAGAGUGCUAAACAGUAUCAGAAAAGUGGGAGGAAGUGGAUGUGCAUUGGGAUUAUACUUAUGCUGAUUCUGAUUCUGGUCAUUGUUAUUCCCAUUGUCACUAGUUUGAGCAGUUCUUGAAAUUCAAUGUCUGAUGUAGUAUUGAUUUUGUUGUUGUUUUUAGUUUUUGUGUCUUUGCUGAAUUGUGUACGACUUAUCGUCGUUUGAAUUGCUUAGAUUGUAUGAUGAUGCAUGCAAUUCAUCUUAUAUUCAUGUAAACUCCUUACAAAUUUAUAAUUAUAAUUGCUGUUCUAUACUAA